CUCUCUCUCUCUGCAACUGAGAAGUGAAGUGGAAGGGGGCGGAAAAAGAAGGGAUAGAAUUAGAUUAUUGAGAAGAAGAAGAAGAAUAUCCAAGGAAAAGACGGGUUGCUUUGGUUGCGAGCUUCAGUUUGGCUUCUUCUCAAGUCACAACUCCGAGACGAUAUUGACGAAAUAGCAGAAAUUUCAGGACAUUCAAAGCUACCUUCUCUUCUUCCUUAGGUUGGAUCUGAGGAAUAUGUUUUGCAUUCAAACUUUCUAAUUAAUUAAUUAUGGGAGGAAGAGAGAUGAAGAACUUGGCGGUGCAACUGUUUUUGGGGCGAUGGUUCAUGGUUUUUUCUUCAUUUAUUGUCAUGUCCAUGGCAGGCUCGGGUUACUUGUUUGGUAUAUAUUCAAAUAAUAUCAAAGAAGUACUUGGAUAUGACCAAACUUCGCUCAAUUUAAUUAGUUUCUUUAAGGAAGUUGGAGCCGUGGGUGUGUUCUCUGGGAUCAUUGGUGAUCUCUUACCACCAUGGCUUGUACUACUUAUAGGGGCAAUGGUGAACUUUGCAGGCUACUUUGCAAUUUGGCUGGCAGUUACACAACGCAUAUGCCGACCCAAAUUAUGGCAUAUGUGUAUCUAUAUAUUUCUAGGUGGCAAUAUGGAGUCAUUAGCCAAUGCAUCAUCACUCGUUACAGCAGUCAAGAACUUUCCAGGAGGACGAGGAAUUAUAGUGGGUCUCCUCAAAGGAUUUAUGGGUCUCAGUGGUGCAAUCUUGACUCAACUCUACCUUGCAGUCUAUGGUAACGAUUCAGUGUCCCUCAUUCUUCUCAUAGCUUGGCUUCCUACUGCUAUAUGUGUGUUGCUGGCUCCUACUUGUAGGAUUAUAAAGGUUGUUGAGGAACAAAAGAAAGAUUUUAACAUUUUUUUAUACUUUCUCUACACAUCACUUGUUCUUGUUGGGUUUUUAACGGUUAUAAUAAUUUUGGAGAGAAGUGUUAGCUUCUCCAGAGCUGCAUAUCGUGGGAGUGCGGCUGUUGUUCUACUGUUGCUUUGUCUUCCAUUGGCAAUCGUUUUAAAGGAAGAGAUUAAUCUUUGGAAGAGCAAGAGAGAAUCCUUGGACAAUGCUGAUUCUUAUCAUCUCAUAACAACAAUUGAGGAGCCUAUGGAACAAUCUGCCAUUGAAUCAACUCCACCUCUAGAGGCAGUGUCACCCUUGACUACUCCAAUCUCUCGAUGGACCCAAAUGUUAAAGGCACCAAACAGAGGUGAAGACUACACUAUAUUGCAGGCACUGUUAAGCUUUGAUAUGUUGAUUCUUUUUGUAGCAACAUUUUGUGGCAUUGGCGGGGCAUUAACGGUCAUUGAUAACAUGGGACAAAUAGGAUUGUCUCUUGGCUAUCCAUCUAGUAGCCAAGACAUUUUAUUAUCGCUGGUAAGCAUAUGGAGCUUUCUCGGACGAGUGGCAGCUGGCUUUGUAUCAGAGAUCUUUGUGAGUAAAUACAAGAUGCCAAGACCAUUAAUGCUCACCAUGAUCCUCCUCUUGUCAUGCAUGGGUCAUCUUCUUAUAGCCUUUGGUAUUCCAGGUUCUCUUUAUGUAUCAUCAGUGAUCACAGGGUUCUGUUUCGGGGCCGAGUGGACAUUGAUAUUGGCCAUCAUAUCUGAGUUAUUUGGGCUCAAGUACUACUCUUCAUUGUUGAACUUUGUAUCCCUGGCGAGCCCGCUUGGUAUGUAUGUUCUAAAUGUGAUCGUUGUGGGACACCUUUAUGACAAUGAAGCAAGGAAGCAACUUGUUAAGUCGGGGUUUAGGAGGGCCCAUGGGGAGAGCUUGGAAUGCAGUGGAGCACAAUGUUUCAAACUCUCGUUCAUGAUAGUUUCAUCUUUGAUUUUGUUGGGGUCUCUACUCUCUUUUAUACUUGUGCUUAGAACAAGAAAGUUCUAUAGACGUGAUAUCUAUAGGAAGUUCAGGGAGGAGGGAAUCAGGGAUGAGACAGAGGAGAUACGAGAAGCAAGGGGUGGGUGAGAUAGAAGAGACAUAGAAAGUUCAUUAAGUUCAUUGAUGUUGAUUUUGGACAGGAUUUUUUUUUUUUUUAAAUGAACAUGUUCUUUGUAGGUUGUACUAUAUUUUUGCGACCAGUAGAUUUGAAUAACAAUUUAACCUCUCAUUCCAA